UUCGUCCUGGUUUCCUUUUUCCGGCCGAGGAGGUGAGGUGAGGUGAGGCGGCGACGCGGAAAGAAGGAGAGGGAUGGGCGACGACAUGGACGUGAUUCCCGAGAGGGAAAUGAAGGACUUCCAGUUCCGAGCCCUGAAGAAAGUGCGCCUCUUCGAAGCCCCCGAGGAGCUGCCCAAGGAGCGCUCCAGCCUCCUCGCCAUCUCCAACAAAUACGGCCUGGUCUUUGCCGGAUGUGCGGCCGGGCUGCAGGUCUUCCAGACCAGGAACCUCCUGAUGCAGAUCCAGAUGGGGGACUCGCCCAACAAAAUAGUUGAGAACGUCCAGGGCCUGUUUGUCCCCACCAAGUUCCGCGUCCAUCACUUGGCCCUGAGCUGCGACAACCUAACCCUCUCGGUCUGCAUGGCCUCCAACGAAGUUGGCUCCUUUAUCGGCUUUUUUGAUGUCCGCACCUUUGUGAAUCAGGCCAAGCCGCAGAAGCGACCCUUUGCCUACCAGAAGAUGGCAGCGGCCCUGGUCAGCGACCUGAAGUGGAACCCCAUGAACGCCACCAUGUUGGCCGUCUGCCUCUCCGACGGGAGCGUCUCCGUCCUGCAGGUGACCGAUUCGGUCAAGGUGUUUGCCACACUCCCUGCCUCCGUGGCUGUUACGUCAGUGUGUUGGAGCCCCAAAGGAAAGCAACUGGCAGUUGGCAAGCAGAACGGCACCGUGGUUCAGUAUCUGCCUAAUCUUCAGGAGAAAAAAAUCAUUCCUUGCCCACCAUUCUAUGAUUCGGAUAAUCCUGUCAAAGUCCUGGAUGUCUUGUGGAUCGGGACAUAUGUCUUCACCAUUGUCUAUGCUGCUGCCGAUGGGACCUUGGAGACAUCUCCCGAAGUGGUGAUGGCUGUGUUGCCGAAAAAGGAGGAGAAAAGGCCGGAGCUGUUUGUGAAUUUCAUGGAGCCCUGUUACGGCAGCUGCACAGAGCGGCAGCAUCACUACUUUCUGAACUAUGUCGAAGAGUGGGAUCUGGUUCUGGCUGCAUCAGCCGCUUCCACGGAAGUCAGCAUCCUUGCGAGGCAAGGUGACCAGAACAACUGGGAGCUGUGGGUCCUGGAAGACUCCAGCCGAGCCGAGCUCCCCGUGACGGACAAGAGCGAUGACACACUGCCCGUCGGACUGGCCAUUGAUUACACCAGUAGCAGCCCCAUCAUAAUCAGUGAGGAGAAGUCGGUGGACCCGGCUCCGGUCCUAUUGCUCCUCUCGACCGACGGGGUGCUGUGCCCCUUCUAUAUGGUCAACCAAAACCCUGGGGUCCGGACCCUCCUUGUGACGCCGGAGCCUCUGUCUGCAGAAGGGGAGCGAGGAGCAAAGGCGGCCGGGAGCACUCCACCUUCUUCUGCCCCUCCGAGGAUGGAUCCGGCCCCUCCUCAUCCUGCCGCUGCCACUUUCUCAUUUGCGGCCUCCGCUUUGAAAGGCCCGCCAGGGUCAGCCGAGGCCCCUGGCCCUCCUCCCUUUGCUCCGGACGCCUCCAAGCCCAUGAGCGGACCCUCGGGGUUCGCCUUCUCUCCCGCGCCCCCCAAGGCUCCGAUGAUUCCGACCCCGUUGGCUGCCGCCACUCCACCUCCCGCCGCCUCGUUCUCUUUCGGAUCAAUGAGCUUCAAAACGAACGCAGACAGUCCGGCCGGGCCCCUGCCCGCUGCAACACCCCUCGGGCCGAAGCAGAGUUUCACCCCCUCGACGGCGUCCGUCAAAGUCAACCUCACCGAGAAGUUCAUGGCUGCAGACACACCGACUCCCGUAGCUGCCAGUAGCAGCAAUAGCCAAAGCCCUGCUGCUGCCUUCUCUUUUUCUCCAGCCGUGAAGCUCAUGCCUGCAGGGCCCCAAAGCCAGGCCGCCACACGCUCUUCUCCGCCUUCCGCCCCAAUGAAAAGCUCCAGCCCUGCACCUUCCACAGUGGUGCGUCCCUCCCAGAGCGCCUCCCCGGCACCUGGGCUUCAGAAAACCGCCAAGGUUCCCCCCUCUGUGUCAAAAGCAGGCCUUUCCCAGGGCCGGCAGCAACCUCCUGGUGCUGGAACAGAGAAGCAGGUUCACCAGUGGAAGGAUUCCGACCCGGUCAUUGCAGGGAUACGAGAGGAAAUGGCCCACUUCCAGCAGGAGAUGGCGGACCUGAAAGGCCGGACCGCCAAGGCCUCCUUCCAGGUUGGCACCGAAGAGGAGAAGAAGCUGUUGCGGGCCGAGGCCAACGACCUGCACACCUUCCUCUUGGAGAUCAAAGAGACAACUGAGUCCCUCCACGGAGACAUCAGCCUGCUGAAGACCAACCUCUUGGAAGGUUUUGCAGGAGCAGAGGACGCCAAAGAGAAGGAGGAGCGGGCCCACAGCGCCGAGUACUUGCACCUCCUCUACAAGAAGCCCUUGGACCCCAAGAGCGAAGCCCAACUCCAGGAAAUCCGGCGUUUGCACCAGUAUGUGAAAUUUGCUGUUCAGGAUGUAAACGACGUUCUGGAUUUGGAGUGGGACCGGCAUCUGGAGCAGCAGAAGAAGCAGAAGCGCCUGGUUGUCCCUGAGCGGGAGACCCUCUUCAACGCCUUGACCAACAACCGGGAGAUCAUCAACCAGCAGCGGAAGCGGCUCCAGGGCCUGGUGGGGGGCCUCCAGGAGCUGCGCCUCUACAGCCACACCCCGGCCUGGUCGCGCCCGAGCUCCCAUUCCCCAACCAGCAACAUCCAGAGCCUUGACAGCGAACUGGAGAGCUUGAGCAACGCCUUGACCAAAGCCACUCUGGAUCCUUCCAGCAAAAUGUCGCCUAAACCGGCUGCCAAACUGUCGCCGGUGAAGCAGAUGCAACUGAGGAACUUCCUGUCGAAGCGGAAGGUGCCGCCCGUGCGGUCUACCGCGCCAGCCAGCCUCUCCCAGUCGGCCUUCCUCUCCUUGAGGUUCGGGGACGACUUGGACGAGGUCAGCUCCACGUCUUCGGCCGCCGCCUCCCUCGAGAACGAGGAGCUCCGGGUCGGGGUGCGCGAAGAGGAAGAGGGAGAGGAAGAAGCGGAGGAGCCGGUCGCCCCCCUCCAGGCAGCCCCCCGCCACGCCCCCGUGGUCCGCACCCCCUCCGUCCAGCCCGGCCUCAUGCCCCAGCCCAUGCCCCUUGGCAAACCACAGAUCCCGGCCGGUGCUUUGGCCUCCACCCCCAAAGGCCUCCUGCCGCAAGGGGCCGAUAGCACUAUGUUGGCCACCAAGACGGUGAAGCAUGGCGCCCCACUUCCCUCCGGCUCUCUCCCCGCUCCACAGGCAGCGGCUGAAGCAGCACUCCGCAGGCAGAUGGCCAGCCAGGGACCAGCCGCCGGCACUUCAUUGACCGAAUCGACGCUGAAGAACGUCCCGCAGGUGGUCAACGUGCGAGAGCUCAGGAACAACUCCGCUCCGCCGGCCAUCGCAGCCGUCCUCGGCUCCUCGGUGCCACAGUCGGCCGCACAAGCCGUCCACCAAGUCCUGGCCACGGUGGCCACUGGUCAAGGCAGCCAGGGGCCUCUUCCUGGCGGUUCCCUCAAAGUGCAGCCUCCUCCCAGUUCGGCUUCUCCAGGCGCCGCCGUGACCUCCACUGGUCAAACUGGGAAGAAGAAUGCAGUACCCGUAUCAGGGCCCGCGAAGCCCGUGGUUGCUGCCGUCUCCUCGUCUUCAGCGCCGCCGGUCCCGUCCACAGCUGCCCAGUUCAACAAGCUGUUCACCUUCGCCUCCUCCUCCUCUGGGCCUGGAUUUAACUUUGCCGCCACCACCACGUCCUCCCCGGCCACAUCUGGCCCUACAGCUUUACCAGCCGCAACGAAAGAGCCGAACCCACCAGAUGCCUUUUCUCUUGCCGGGAGCAUGAAAUUUGGGACCUCUGCGGAAUCCUCCUUUGCUUUUGGGUCUGCCAAACCGGCCGCUCUUCCCGCCUCCUCUGUGGCUGGAAGCGGCUCUGGUGACCCUUGUCCCCCGACCACCGUGGCCCUGGCUCCCGUCCCUGUUGCUUCUACCCCAAACAAGAUGGAGAAGCAAGGAGAGCACCUUUCUCAGGGCCUCCCUGUCAUCGGAGAAACCAUUGGGAGCUUCUCAGGACUCCGAGUCGGUCCGGCAGAUGAGAAUGCCAAGCUCGGCCCACCCAAAGCUCCUUCUAAAGUAGUUGCCGUGCCUUCAGGCUUAACUGUUGCAAACGCCGAGACAACAGAGGUCACGUCAGCCACCGCUGGCACCGUGUUCGGCAGCGUCCAGUUGGUUGGAACAGGCCCUGUUUCGGCCUUUGCGGGCAGUGCAAAGUCGGCCUUCGCGUUUGGGAUUCAACCAGGCACCACCCCGCCGGCUUCUUCCUCUCCCCCCACAUCGAGCGCCCUCUCCUUUGGGAGCCUUUUGACUUCCGCCACAACAAGCAAAGCAGAAGAAGAGGUCAGAACGGCCAUCCCCAUCCCCAAGAAGCCGCUUCCUAGUGAGGCGACAACGGAGGAACAUUUGCCCCAAACACUUUCACCGGGGCCAGAUGCUCCUCCGGAGAUGCCAGCUUUGGUCGCUCCUCCUGGAGACCCUGAAAACCCCACAGCCACCUCGGAGGCCACCAGUACCACAGCCACUGCUGCUCCAAAAGAACCAAAGGCCGAAGGGAAGGCCCCCACUCUGGAACAGCCUCCUCCUCCAGCGAACACAGUGGAAACGACCAGCACGUCUCUUCCGGCGACGGGGGCCUCUGCGUUCACAGCGCCUUCCAUCUUUGCGCCGCCUCCUGCGUCUACUGCCACCUCGGCCUUCAGCCAACCCGUGACAGAUGCUCCUGCGGCUCCGGCGUCCCUCUUCGGCCAGAUCCCUGCAACAGCCACCACGACGGCACCCUCACUCUUCACCCAACCGGCAACCACCCCGGCAUCCACAUCCGUUGUCACGACUCCUCCGGCCGCGACUGGGUUUACUGCCUUUGGCACCGCUGGCUUCGGGCAGCCGUCAUUCGGUCAAACGCCAGCCUUUGGGCCGCCGGCCAGCACCUCUGCUGGCGGCUUUACUUUCAACCAGGCCGCUUUCGGGGCCGCCCCCACUUUCGGCCAACCAGCUGUCUCUUCGACUUCCAGUGGGGUUUUUGGGGCACCCUCCAGCACCAGCACCGUCAACUCCUUCUCGUUUGGCCAGCCGUCCUCUUCUUCCUCCUCCACCACGACGGGACUCUUUGGCCAAAGCGGGGCCCCGGCCUUCGGGCAGAGCUCCACUUUCGGGCAGGCCGGCUCCGUCUUUGGGAGCGCCGCCACAACACCAACCUCUUCAGCCGGGUUCAGUUUCUGCCAGGCAUCAGCCUUUGGUUCCAGCAGCACUGUCUUUGGGCAAGCAGCCAACCCAAGCGGCAGCCUCUUUGGCCAGCAGCCAGCACCCGGCGCGGGUCUCUUUGGGUCCGGCGGCAGCGGACGAGGCGGGGGCUUCUUCAGCGGCCUGGGAGGGAAGCCCAGCCAGGAGGCGGCCAACAAGAACCCCUUUGGCGCUGGCGGAAGCGCUUUUGGCUCCUCGGCCACACAAAGCACGUCAAGCCUUUUUGGGAACAGCGGGGCCAAGGCCUUUGGGUUCGGAAGUCCUGCUGCCACUGCCACCCCUUCUUCCUUCGGUGAACAGAAACCUAUGGGGGCCGGGACCUUCAGCUCCGGCGCAGGGAGUGUGGCCUCCCAGGGAUUUGGAUUCUCCAGCCCCACCAAAGCAGGUGGCUUUGGUGCUGCUCCAGUGUUCGGCAGCCCUCCCACCUUUGGGGGCUCCCCCGGGGGGUUCGGAGGGGUGCCGGCAUUCGGUUCAGCCCCAGCCUUUGCAAGCCCGCUGGGCUCGACCGCAGGCAAAGUCUUCGGAGAGGGCACCGCCGCCGCCAGUGCCGGAGGAUUUGGCUUUGGUGGCACGGCCAACACGGCCUCCUUCGGCACCAUUGCCACCCAGAACACCCCCACCUUUGGCUCCCUCUCCCAACAACCCACCGGAUUCGGAACACAGAGCGGCAGCGGCUUCUCCGGCUUCGGGACCAACACAGGAGGAGGCUUCGGCUUUGGAUCCUCGAACACAUCCACCUCCGGAUUCAGUGGCUGGAGAAGCUAAAAGUUUGCGGAGCCGAACACCCAUGUUUCUUUGUUUUUUUGGACCUCCUAUUUUGUACAAACAGGAAAA